UACGAGACAAGGAGAUAACCACAAUAUGUCAGAGGAAACCACGAUCACCGGCCCUCCCAAAAUGCCCCCCGUUGUCAAACGAAUCGAAGAGCAGACCCCGGAAUCUCCAACACCGGUGUGUGUGCUGGUGGUCGGGAUGGCGGGUUCUGGGAAGACCACGCUCAUGUCACAGCUCCAGGAUUCCACCAUAGACUACGACGACGAAGAGGACAUCGAGGGCGAAGAAGCGAAAGAGAAAACGGCAGGGGGCGACGAUGGGCAGAACGAGGAGGACKACAUUGACAACGAGGAGGACACGAAAYCCCAAGAAAAAAGCAUGCCUGCCUAUUGCAUCAACCUGGAUCCAGCUACCCUCGACGUCCCAUACAGUCCCUCGAUCGACAUCCGCGACACGGUCGACUACAAAGAAGUCAUGAAACAGCACCGCCUGGGACCGAACGGAGCGAUCAUGACCUCCCUCAAUCUCUACGCCACCAAAUUCGACCAGGUCAUCCGCAUCCUCGAGGAAAGGGCCGACGAAAAGAAACUUUCGGAGUUCUUGCUGGUGGACACACCGGGACAGAUCGAGGCCUUUACGUGGUCUGCCUCGGGCGCCAUUCUCAGCGAGUCGCUCGCCUCUACCUUUCCCACCGUCAUGGUCUUUGUCGUGGACACGGUUCGGUGCGCCAGCUCGCCGAAUACCUUCAUGAGCAACAUGCUGUACGCCUGUUCCAUGUACUACCGAACAAGGCUGCCACUCGUGAUUUGCUUCAACAAGACGGAUGUUUGCUCGCACGAGUUCUGCAUGGAGUGGAUGCAGGACUUUGAGGCCUUCCAGGAGGCCCUCGACAACGCCCGGAGCGAGGGAGACGGCGGCGGCGAGUCGGGGUUCUACGAUUCGCUCACCCGGAGCUUGUCCCUCGUGCUYGACGAGUUCUACACGGAAUUCAGCAAGAACGCCUGCGGGGUCUCGGCGGUGACCGGGGACGGGAUCGAGAACUUCUGGAGCAAGAUCCGGCAGGCCGCGGACUCGGACUUUGGGGAAUACCUCGAAGACCUGCAACACCGCAUAGAGGAACAGGAGGCCAAGCGGCAGGCCAUGGCACGGGUUCAAGCGAGACGGAUGCAGCGAGACGUCGAACGGGACAACGCCAACCUCCCCGGAUGAGCAAACGAAACUAUAGUUCGCA